CUUUCAGACUGUGUACACUAUGUAGCCAGAAAAGAUUCUCAACACUUAACUUUACGUUUUUACGGUACAUUUUUUUUUUAUUUAUCCGCGAUUUAUAAACCAUCGACACAAAGGUGAGAAACGACCUCUUUUAUUCAGACAACACUGGUAGUUAUGGUGAGCACGGUUUUGGUCAGUCAGCAGUAUUACAAGCUCAGGCUAACGGUUGCUAGCUAGCAGUUAGCUUAGCUAAUUUAUGCCGGAUGCUCAUCCAUUGCGGAUGUGGUGCAGAAUAAAGGAGUACUGAUGCGACACGUAAAAUUCAGGCCAUGGUUUAAUUUGUUUCUCAUCAAGUAAAUUGUCUUGGUUAUUGGUUUUAAUCUGUUUUCAUAUAUUCGGUUUUAUCAGCUCAGAUUUUUCCCCUUGUUUACAGAUCCGACUUCCGUGAGAUGAGCUCGAUUGCUCAGUAUUGGCGCUGCCUCCUGCUGCAUAACACCGGUUUUAUAUCAAUUACUUUUAUAUGUCAGUUUUUAAACAGAACUUUUUUUGGAUGUUUUGGCUGUUUUUGAACAUUUAAAAGUAUGGAUGAUUUAUUUAUUUAUUUUUUUUGAUCACACAGUAAAUAUUAUAUAUUCCUCCUCAGUCACUAAUGCUGACAGACAGUCUGUUUCCUCUGCAUCAAGACAUUUGUUGUUUCCCCUUCAGCUGCACAUCCAUAGCAAGUUAUUACUGGAGCUGGUGUAUGACUUUAAUGGAGGUAAACCAUGUAUUAUGAACCAUCAGUGAACACAAAUCAUGGCUGAGUGUGAUGCCACUUUUCUGAAUGUGGCUGCAUUGGCUGUGACCCAUGAGUGAAUAUUAUGAAGAGGGCGGGUUGCUGUAUGAGCGCUCGCCUCCCAUGCACAUUAAAGUGGAGUCACCUGAAGGUGCCUUUGGUGGUCGCGUGUCAGAGGACGGCUUCCCCCGUGAAGACGACGACUCCGAAGGUAGCUGCGAUCACGCUGGCCUGCCUUUCAACGUCGUGGUCGUACAUCCCAACAUUGUUGCUCCUGGAGUGGCUUCUGAUGAACUGAUGCCCAUUCAACAAAACAGAGGUAUUUCAGCAGCACUGGCUUCAGGGGGUGCAGGUAAAAGGAAGAGUAGGUUUAGUGGUGCUGAGUUGGAGGUGCUGGUCUCAGAAGUAACCCGGUGCGAAGGGGAAUUGUUCGGCCCGGCUGGCAGACUCAGGCGGCGUGAGAGAGAGCGGAUAUGGGCUGGAAUCUUGGAGCGUGUGAAUGCCGUGUCCCGUGUCCCGCGCACCCUUCGGGAAGUAAAGAAACGUUGGGACGACCUGAAGAGACGCAACGGUGGAAAGCUGGCAGAUGCGAGGUUCCGCUCUUGGCUUCCAUCCAGUAGAGGGAGUGCAGUUUUGGGAGGUCCUAGCCAGUUGAGCCCCAGGUUUCACCAAGCCAGACAAAAAAUGAGUACAAGGGGAAAGGCCAGUUUCACCUGUUUGUCUGACACUGAUCCAGUUACAGGAGGGGAUGGUUCAGAAAGAGAUGGCUUUGAAAAGGAGGAUGAGUCUCAUGAGCAUGAUGGUGAAGAAGGAGCCAGUUAUGAAGGUGUAGAUAACAGCAUGGAGGACAAACUGGGGUUAGGCCUUGGGUUAGGAAUAGUCCCGGCUCCAACAUCUGAGCGCUGGCUUCCUCCUUCACCACUCUAUAGUGCCCCCUUCUUGAAUGGAACUCCUCAGCCAAGUCCAGAACCAUCCCUUGGAGCUCAUCAGGGCCCCAUUGAGCCUCCUCCUUCACGCACUUCCUGGCUGGAGGAUGAACUUCGAGGACUCGGGGAAGCAGCUGUGCAGCUUGGAGAUCGCCUUGAGCAGAACUUAAGGGAGUUUGGCGAAGGUUUCAGGCACGACAUGCGGACACUUGUGGCCUCACAAGAGGCUCUGACAAUCAGCUUACAGCAAAAUAAUGUGCUCUUGCAGAGACUGUUGGGCCUUCUUGAAAUGCAGCAGCAGCAAACGCAGCCUCCUCAGCACCAAAUUCCACAUCAUCAGCUUCCACAACGAUUAUCUCAAGAACAUUUGCAGCAUCAACAACAGCAAGAAGAUCUGCCACAGCAGAUUUUAACCCCAGAGCUUGAACAACAACUUCCUCAAAAUGCAAGUGAACAAAUAUCAACAGCUGCUACUUCUGUACCCCUACCCCCAGAUAUUUUAGAUGGCACUUCUCAGCCUGAAUCAACAACCAAGACGAAUGUCCAGAGACCAUGUCGGGGUAGACCAGGAGACCACAGACGGAAGCGUAGGCAUUAGAUAUGUAAAUUGUCCUGAUACUGUUGAUUUCUACAAAGGUUUUAUAUUAAGAUGUGCAGUUUAGUUAGAACAUGUUAUGCCAUGUGCCUGUUGAAAAAAUAUACUAUUAAGUUCUACGUAAAAAGAUUAUAAAAUUGAAUUGAAUGGGUUAUUCUGUGUUAAAUGGCUGUGGAAUUUAAUAGAAUUAGUUUACACAACACAGCAUGGGAUAUUGAUUUACUAGAAGAAAAUUCCAUUUGGGUGACAGGUAUGAAGUUGCCUAGGAAUUAAAUUAACUGUUUCCAUAUAAAAAUCUGCAUGAUGGAACACACAUUCCCAAACCCGGUCGUGGACUCUUGUUUUGCACAUUUUAUGGUUUUUCUGCUCACUAAUCAGCUAAUAUGCACCUCUUACUGAGUCGUGUGUAAAGAGCAGGACAAGCACCGAUUCCCGAGCCGGGAAUGCCAACUUGUGUGCUGGAAGAUAUUCACCUAUUCACCAGAAAGUUACCAUUACAGAACUGACCUUUAAAGCCUGAUUAACUUUUUUUAGGUUCUAUACUUUUAAAGGAUGGUCUAAAGUUAUAUACACUCACCAUCCAUUUUAUUAGGAACACUUGAACAUUCAUACAGUUAUCUAAUCAGCCGUCAUGUGGCAGCAUCACAAUAUAUAAAAGCAGGUAGAUAAAGGUCAACAGAUUCAUUUAAGGUUUACACAAAAAAACAUCAGAAUGGGGAAAAGUGUGAUCUUGUAACAUUUUUAAGCUUUUAAGUUGAACUGUGGAAUAGACGUUUGUACCAGAGUAAGCAUGCUUAAGUGUUUUUUGCUCAAUUGCUAAUCUCUUGGAAUUUUCACACAUAACAGUCUUUAGAGUUCACACAGUGUUUGGGGGGGGAAAUAAAAACCUCCUGUAAGUGGAGGGUCAGGAGGCUGAAGCAUCUUGUUGAUGAGAGAUGAGAGUUUUAGACAAGACCUCUAUAAUAAAAAAAAAGAAAAAAAAAAAAAAAGCACUGUUUACAAGCAUGGUGAUCAGAAAAGUGUCUCUGAACACAAAACGCAUCAAACAAGAAGCUGUUUGAGGUAGAAGAGCAACAAAAACAAAAGAGAACGUCAAUUUUCACUUCUGCCAGUCAAGUAUAAUCAUCAGAGACUAUCAUGGACACAGAUAUACACAACAAAGUGAUUUUUUUUAAUCACUAUAGCUAAUCUUCAAUUGCCCACUUUGGGUGAGCCUGUGCCAAUGAUAGCCUAAGGGGGUUUUUACACCUGGUCACUUCAUGCGUUUUCUGUGAUCCGAUAGCUAUCCGAUGGUAAAAAGACGAGGUCUAAAUGCCCUCCAAAACGGUUUCGAGACGGAUAUAAAUCCGAUGGUUCAAACCACUUCAGGAGGUGGACGCAUUUCAGAUGCAGCUGGACAGGUGGUUGUUCAAGCCACAUACGUCAGCGCUAUACUCCUCCCAAACGGAAGUACGUCACUCGCAGGUCGUGUAUCGCGUCAGAAAGAAACAUGUUUUCCCAAUCAGUGCUGGCUCCGAUCUUUCACCCAGGUGUCUCGUUGGGUCUUAAAAUGCACUGCUGCCGCCAGCAAAAAUGCAGUAAACAGUAAAUGCUGUUUUUUGUAGCAACCGCACACCAAAGUGUGUUCCAUUUCAAUUACCCCGGAAAUGAGGUAAAAUAUAUUUGCCUUUUGGGCAGGAAUAGAAAGAUCGUAUUGAUAUCUUAUUCGCCAAGACGCAUUUAUGUGGCCUAAUGUAAAUGGAACAGUUUUAACAAAUCAGAUAGCUAUCAGAUCAGAGAAAACGCAUGAAGUGACCAGGUGUAAAAAGGCCCUAAGAUUUCUGUGUUUGGCUGACCGAAGAGGAACCUGAUGUGGUCUGCUUUUGUAGCCUGUCCAUCUCAAGAUUUGAUGUGUUAUACAUGAUAAGCGGUUUUCUGUUCAGCACAGUUGUAAAAAUGUAUUAUUUGAGUUACUAAAUCCUUUCAGGCAGCUCUAACCAAUCCGAUUUUCUGACCUCUCUUUUCAACAAGUUAUUUCCGCUCUCAGAACUGUUGCACAGUCAAUGCUUUUUUUUCCACACCAUUCUGUGUGAAGAGACUGUUGUGUGUAAACAUCCAAGGAAAUUAGCAGUUUCUGAAAAACUCGUGUACAGGAUUUUUUUUUUUUUUUUUUGCAUUGCAAUGCUGUCAAAUGAUUGACUGAUUAGAUUCAGACAUUGUAAAUGUCUUCACUGUAAAUGUCUCCUUGCAGAUUUUGUCACCCCUUUCUGCUGUCGGGCAUUUGUGUUGCCUCUGUAAGGCUCUUUAUAGCUAAUGUUGGUGUAUUCAGGUAUAGCAAGGGGCAAAACAUGUCUUUGGGGAAACAGACUUUGAUAUAACUUUUCCUUGAAAGGUUUAUUGCUUUUUGUUUUGGCUCAAUUUAAAUAAGUAGAUGGCGACCCUUGAAGAUUCUUUCCAUCAGAGUUACAUUUUCACUGAAAAACAGUUUAUACUAAACUAUUAUAACGCUUUAUAUCCCUAUAUAAUGUGAUUAUGAGAUUUAUACCCAAACCUCUUUUCUGCAGGUUAUUUGACAUGGAAUAACCCCGAUGCUGUCACAUCUUCACUGACAUAUUCUAAACAUAUUCAUAGGUAGCACAUUAGUUAAUUAUCAUUCUGCACUUUUUGCCUUUAUUCGUUCAACAUUGUGUUUACUUAAUAAUUGACCCGUUAAACGACUUUUAUUGGUUGUGUUUGGGCAAACCCAGUAAGUAGCCUUUUUCACAGAAGAGAUGUGAAUAUCUGGUGUUGAAGGAUAUUUGUACUGUAUGAUGAUUGAUACUGUACAUGCUCUAUACAGAGUGCACCAUUAGGUUUAAAGGAAAUAUUUUAAAUGAAAUAAAUAACCACUUCAUGCUCUACUAUAUUCUCUGCAUGCAGUGCAAUGUAGAUUCAAUAGAUUGGUGAAUAUAUUUUGUAUAUUUAUAGCCCUAUUGUGUAAAAAAAGAAAGAACUUUACCAGCAAGUCAUGUCUUGAUAUAAACAUGGAUUAAAGCGAUUGUCCCUUAGAGCAAUAUACUGUAUUUUAAACAUUGAAAUAAUGUUUAAGAGGAACAUAUAUAUUAAAAGACACUGUUAUCAGCUAUAUUAAAUACCUUACAAGUCAUCUGGCAUAAA